GGUCGAUAGAAGGGAAGUCCCCGGCUGGGGUGGUGGCUCUGGGAGCUCAGAGAAAGGGCACCGCCCGCCUCCCUCCACUCCCAGCUGGUGCACCCUCGGCUCAAGUCUCAGCUUGCCGGCGGCAGCCCCGCCCUUCCUCAUCCAGUAGUGCUCGGGAGCCCAGCCCAGCCUGGAGCGUCCCGUAGAGUCCAGGGGCCUCCCCAGCGCCGCAAGACUUGGAUGUACCAAGGGCACGGAUGGCGACCGUGGGGCCCCGGACCGGGCCGAACGCAGGGGCCGAAGCGCUGGCUCUGGCGGCAGAGCUCCAAGGAGAGGCGACGUGCUCCAUCUGCCUAGAGUUCUUCCAGGAACCGGUGUCGGUCGAGUGCGGCCACAGCUUCUGCCGCGCCUGCAUCACGCGCUGCUGGGAGCGUCCCGCCGCGGGGACCGGCACGGCGACCCGCACGCUGCCCUACCCGCUGCCCUGCCCGCAGUGCCGCGAGCCCGCGCGCCCCAGCCAGCUGCGGCCCAACCGACAGCUGGCCGCGGUGGCCUCGCUGCUUCGGCGCUUCAGCCUGCCCCCUACGGUCUCGGGGGAGUGCGGGACCCCGAAGGCGGCGGCCGGGGCGGCGGCCGCGCGCUGUUCGCAGCACGGAGAGCAGCUUAAGCUCUACUGCCAGGACGACGGACGUGCCAUCUGCGUGGUGUGCGACCGCGCCCGCGAGCAUCGUGAGCACGCGGUGCUGCCUCUGGAGGAGGCGGUGCAGGAGGCCAAGGAGCUGCUGGAUUCCAGGCUGAAGGCCUUGAAGAAAGAACUAGAAGAGUGUGAAGUGUUCCGGUCUACGGAGGAGACGGAGAGCAAGGAGCUUCUGAAGCAGAUGGUAGCCGAGAAGGAGAAGGUGGGGGCCGAGUUCCAGGCACUUCGGGCCUUUCUGGUGGAGCAGGAGGGUCGGCUUUUAGGCCGACUGGAGGUGCUGUCCCGGGAAGUGACCCAGAAGCAGAAUGAGAACAUGGCGCAGCUGGAGAAUGAGAUCACUCAGCUGGCCAAGCUCACCAGCCAGAUCCAGGAGACAGCUCAGAAGCCGGAUCUAGACUUCCUCCAGGAAUUCAAAAGCACACUAAGCAAGUGCAGCAGUAUGCCUGGCUGCAAGCCAACCACGGUCUCAUCGGAGAUGAAGAAUAAAGUGUGGAAUGUUUCCCUCAAGAGUUUCAUCUUAAAAGGAUUGCUGAAGAAGUUCAAAGAGGAUCUCCGGGGAGAGCUGGAGAAAGAGGAGAAAGUGGAACUCACUUUGGACCCGGACACAGCCAACCCCCGCCUCAUCUUGUCCCUGGAUCUAAAGAGCGUGCGCCUAGGACAGCGUGCCCAGGACUUGCCUAACUAUCCCCGCCGCUUUGAUACCAACACCCGCGUUCUGGCGUCCUGUGGCUUCUCCUCGGGGCGACAUCACUGGGAGGUGGAAGUGGGCUCCAAGGAUGGCUGGGCCUUCGGUGUGGCCCGCGAGAGCGUGCGUCGCAAGGGCCUCACGCCCUUUACCCCCGAGGAGGGCGUCUGGGCCAUGCAACUCAACAACGGGCAGUACUGGGCUGUGACCAGCCCCGAGAGGACGCCCCUCAACUGUGGCCAGCUGUUGCGGGUGAGGGUGGCGCUGGACCUGGAGGUGGGGGCGGUGUCCUUCUACGCAGUGGAGGACAUGCGCCACCUCUACACCUUCCGCGUCAACUUCCAGGAGCGAGUGUUCCCCCUUUUCUCGGUUUGCUCCACUGGCACCUACUUGCGAAUCUGGCCUUGAAGAGCUG